AGCAGAACAUUGUCUCGUAUCUUUUAAGAGGUUUAAUAUCUACAAGAUGAAUAGCGCCCUAAUCCUCCUGGUGGCCGUUGGCCUUUCGUGCCUGAUGGCAGCCCAAGCAGCAUCCUCAUUCGGCGUUCUGGCUGGCCUAGGAGCCUUGACGAGCGCUAUAAGCAAGCGCAGAUAUCAUGGUGCUAGCCAUGGACGCGGCCAUGGCCAUGGGUACAGAGCCCCUAAAAGAAAGUACCGUCUCCGUUAUCGCCGGUCCGUUGCAGCAGCAGCUGAGGAAGAUGACGAUCUGAUUCUAUCGGCAGUAGGACAACUGGAUCCCAACACGUGCGUCCCCAAGAUGUUUUGCCUCGUGCAGGCGAAGGACGAAUCCGAUCGCACACUAAAAGAGAACAUGCUUGUGGAAGUCUUAACCGAUAAGACUAUGAAGGCAAACUCCUACAAUGCUGCAUUCGUCUACGCCAGAGACGUGGCCACCAACACCAAGGACUCCUCUGCGUGCAAUAAAGCUUUUCCCAAAUGCUCACUUGGUGAAGAGGAACUGAGUGAGCUGUUGAAUGUAGCAUGGGGCUGUGAUUGCAGCGCGGGAGGAAAAGAGUAAAGUUGGCAGCUACAAACUCCUUGAUGUUCCAGUUAGAAUUGUUAGCAUCUUCCUAUGGCUAUAACCACACAUUGGAGAAAAGGGGCCUAGUGUCUCUAAAGUCCAUUGGACAGUGAAAAUCAUAUGUUUACUGGUGAGUCAUAGUGGGAAGAGUUGGUAUGUCCAACUGGUGUACAUACAUUAUAUAGAUAUUCUAUGUAUUCUAUUAGUAGAUAAUAUUUAUCUGCUUCAUGCCUGCGGAUUUUAUUUUCUGUACCAAAUGUAUGGUUAUGACUAUGAUGCUUACCGUGAUGAAAGUCUGAUGAUUUUAGACAAAUAAAUCUGAAUAUAUGU